GCGUUAUUUAUAAGGCGGUAGGCGAUGGCCGGCGCCAGUGGAGACCAUGCGGCGACCAGCGACAGAGACCUCGCUCGAGCUGCCUCCGUUCGAGAUGUCCUCGCUCGUGCUGUCCGCGCUAGUGCUGUCCUCGCUCGUGCUGCCCUCGCUGGUGCUGCCCGCGCAAGCGGUACCGCUGAGCGACAGUGACGGGUGUGCGGUCCGAGCACAACUCCCAGGGGGCUGGCUGUGUGGGCUCAGGAAUGGGACGAGCCACGCGAGCUUCCUUGGGGUUCCGUACGCUAAACAACCUCUAGGACAGUUGAGGUUUAAGGAACUACAGCCUCUGGAACCAUGGGAGGGUUUCUACGAUGCAACAUCCGAGGGUCCCAUAUGUCCGCAGCAUGACAUCCUCUAUGGAGCUCUGAACCCUGGACAGAUGGACGAGGCCUGUAUGUAUGCCAACAUCCACGUCCCUCUACACGCCCUCCCGGGAUAUCAACCCGCGAAGACAGAGACCGAGUUCCGAACGCCUCACGUGACCGGCUUGGAUGAGAGUCAGAACAGCGGUUUACCGAUCCUAGUCAUGAUACACGGGGGAGGAUUCGCCUUCGGCUCCGGAGGGUUGGGGCUCCAUGGCCCGGAUUAUCUGAUGCCCAUAGACGUCAUCGUGAUUACUUUUAAUUAUAGGUUAAAUGUCCUCGGUUUUCUAUCUUUGAAUACUUCCUACGUCCCUGGAAACAACGGACUCAGAGAUAUUGUGACAUUGCUGCGCUGGGUUCAGGACAACGCGUACGCCUUCGGGGGUGACCCCGGGAACGUGACCAUAGUUGGUCAGAGCGCGGGGGCUACCAGUGCCCACUUGCUGACGCUAUCGACAGCUGGCCGGGGAUUGUUCAACAGAGCAAUAAUCAUGAGCGGCACCGCUAUCAGCAGCUUCUAUACUCCAUCGCCGAUGUACGCACAGCUGGUGGCGAACAUGUUCUUAACAAGUGUCGGGAUAAAUUCGACGGAUCCAGAAGAAGUUCACCAGCGACUCGUGGACUUGCCGAUCGAGAGGAUCAUGGAAGCCAACAAACAGUUACAGAAUCAUUUCGGCUUGACGGUGUUCACACCGGUCGUGGAGUCAUCCUUCCCGGGAGUGACCGCCGUGGUAGAUCGCGACCCGGAACUGCUCAUGUCUCAAGGUUGUGGCGCUCAUAUACCAUUAAUAAUAGGCUUCACGAACUCCGAGUGCGAAGUCUUCAGGCGGAGCUUCCAAAAUAUAAAUAUACUGGAGCGCAUAAAGGACAAUCCUCUCUUAUCGGUGCCGAUAAAACUGCUGUACGGGUUGCCGCCGCAGAACGUGUCCGCGGCUCUGAAGAAGAUACAAGAACAAUAUUUCAUCGGCGAGCCGACUAUAGACGAAUACGUUAAGUAUGCUUCGGAUGCCUAUUACAAACAGCCGGCGAUAAAAGUGGCGAUGAUAAGGAGGAUGCUGCGAGGAGCGCCCGCAUAUUUAUAUGAGUUUUCGUAUCAUCCAGACUUCAGUGUAAUAGGACAAAUUACCGGUUUAAAUUACAAAGGAGCCGAGCAUAUAGAGGACUUGUCUUUCCUGUUCCGAGCGAAGGCCUUCGAAGGUUCGAAGGGUUUCUCACCGCUGUCACUGAGUGACCAGUCCAUGGUGCACAGGAUGACCACCAUAGUUAAAAACUUCAUGGAGGACCGUGAUCCAUGGCCACCAGUCUCCGACGGUGCCGAGCUGGAGUACCAGGUCAUCGACCGACCAGAGGUCUAUCAAUUCAGCGGGCUGUCCAAACAACUGAAGGAAAUGGCGGAGUUCUUUGAUAGUUUGUAGAAACAAACCAGUUUAUGGUGACUCCUCUGUGUUUGUGUGUUAUUUGUUUUUGUGUGAUUAUUUAUUUAAACACUCUAGUAUAAGUGUGAUCCGUCCACAGCACACUAUCUUUUUUUUAUGUCUUUAGUUAAUAAUCUUUGUCAUUCGAAUAAAUUCCUCGUUAUAUUAAGUAUACACCCCGUAUGUUGCCCCGAGGUGAGAGUCCAUCCUAGUUGGUCGAUGCCGUCAAUAUCAUAUUUUCUUCUACUCUUUAUUCGAACACGAAUACAAUACGAAUAAAAGGCGGUCAGACCGACCAGCAUCGGGGAUAGAAGACAUGCUGUCACACUGGAUGACGACAGUUCAUAUGGCGUACCUACCGAUACAUAACGCGAAGUGCCGAGUGGUUUUAAUAUCGUUGCCAUUUCUAUAAAAGUAACAACAUUCACCCGGAUUCCGACCAACUAAUGUAUUUGACUUUAAGUGAGAUUUUACAGUUUCCUAAAUAGGUUUUUAUUGAUAUACAGAAUAUAUAUGUGGACGUGUUUAAAAAUGUAUUACUAAAUUUAGGAAAAUUUUCUGUUUGUCAGAUGUGUGCGUGAGUGAGUGUCUGUUUGCGUGUGUGCGUGUUUGCUGCGUGUGCUAGUUAAUGUGUGAUUUUAAUAAUAAGUUUCACAAAUCGUAAUUUUGACUAUCAUGUACUUAUUUUUUAAAUUAAACUGAUGAACUAA